GACCUUGCAGAUUUCGUUGAUGAAGGCCUCCAUGUUGCAGACGACACCGUUUUUGGCGCAGCCAGGUGCCAUACGCGAAUCGUCGAGGCCGUGGGCGUCUACUUCCAGUCUGUAGAGCUGGUAGAAGAAGAGGGCUUGGAAUUUGCCGGCGACUUUGUUGGCCGUAGCACCCGCCGCGAGAAAGACGGUCAUACACAGAAGUAGAAGCAUGAUUUCUGAUUUCUAUUCGAGAAAGAACAAAAUACAAAAGGAAGCAAUAUGUCAAAGAAGGGGGUACACAAAACGACAGCCCAGUGUGAAUGAGAUCUUCCGACCAAGAUGUGAGCCCUUCUAUAACGACGAGUGCAAGUGAUUUACGAGCUGCGAGUCAUGCGCCGGCAGGAGAAAUGACAAGGGCACAGGAAAAGGGGGUGGGAAUCCUCUCAUUCCCUGAGUCUUUGACACUCUCUACUUUCCCUACUCACUCCAGGGGCUAGAUUCUACCAUGUGCGAGACUUGGUGACUUCGGAACAAUGGACCUACACAACAUGGUCUUGUAAUCUAUAAGCACUCACCGAUUGGACAACAGGAUCCCUGUGUGUGGGUUUGCAAUCUCCGAGCGAG